GCGCCGUUUUGAGUUUCUGCGCCGAUGCGCCGUUUUAAGUUUCUGCGCCGAUUGAACGGCGAUCGGAAUCAUCAGAAGUCACCGGCGAGAAAAUGGCAUCGAUAACGAUUCGAUUUCAAAUCCUCUCCUCUGGCGGUGGGACCGGCCAGAGAACCAAUGGGAGAAUCGAACGGAAGUCUCUGACGUUGCCCUACUCUGAAUGGAGAUUGCAUUUGGAGAAAAAGGACGGAAAGGUGUGGCUGCAGCGGGGUUGGCCAGAAUUUGUGAAGCACUAUGCCAUAGGCGUCGGGCACUUGCUCUUUUUUAGAUAUAAAGGAAGCUCUAAAUUUGAAGUGUCAGUUUGUGAUAUAUCUAAUUGUGAGGUAGACGAGCCUGAUGCUAGUGGGCCCAAGAAGGGAGAAAUUGAUGUUGAUGGUAAUACAAUUAAGAUGCUUGAGAGUUCAGAUGAUGAUGAUUCAGUCCAUAUCAUUGAGCAUUUAUCAUCUCAGGAGGAAUAUCUGCAACCAUCUUCUCCACCACACAAAAGAAUGGGAACUAGUGGUAAGGCCAGUAAAGAAAAAUCUGCCACAAAGAGAGGGGGGGCAGCAGAGGCUCGCGGGAAGCACCGGUCUUAUAGACAUAGUAAAGCUUUUAAAGCAGCCAGCAAAAUCUUCUCAGAAAAGCCCAUCUUCGUAGCAACUGUGACUCGUAUUCAUAAUACGCGUUUGCCUGCUACUUUUGUGCAGAGACAUAUUGAACAACGGUCACCAAUGGUGACACUUAAAGUGGAGUCUAGAUCCUGGUAUGUGCGGUUUUUAAGUUGCAAAACAGGGUAUUUUCUGGGUAAAGGAUACUGUAGAUUUCUGAGGGAGAACUCUAUAAGCCUAGGAGAUGUCUGCGCCUAUGAGCUGAAUGAGAAGAAUGCCCAGGGAGAAGUUGUGCUGAAAGUUUCCAUUUUUCGUCAAGCUGAAUAUUGACUAGUCCUUUCAAGGUUUAAGGGUUUUUUUUUUUUGGAAGAUUGCUGAACUUUUAAGAACUUUAAGGCUGUAGUUUUUCUGUGUUUCUCAAUAUCAUAUGGAUUUAAACAUUGUUUCUACCGGUUUGUGGUGGUCACUGAUGUUCCUAGACUGCACACUGUUAGGCCCCAUUUCUGUUUUAGCAUUAUUCUGGGCUUUCAUUUUACUAUUUGAUUGGUUUUUUGGGUGGUGAUUCCCAAUUUAGGCUACUGAUUCUAGGGUCAGAAGUGAAUGGCCUCCGAAUAUUCUCAUAAUCCUUAAUUUAGC